UCCCAAUCAUCCCCUGGUUCGACCCAGCAGUCCGAGUCCGACUCAGGCCCCGCCCUCCAUUAAAAUUCAUCCUUUUCCUAUCUCCACUUGCCUAUUUCUCUCAACAGGACGAUUUGCGCCAAACACUUGGGCUUGGCUCUGCCGCUGCUGCAACUUCCUAAUCCCCCCCCCCGCCUCAGUAAAGCUCACUCAGUAGUCAGUAACGCUCUUUCUCCCUCUUAAAAACAGUUUCUUCUUCUCUUUCUUUCCUCAUCACCUCUCUCUCUGUCGUGGCUUGCUGUGACAUUUUACACAGGUUCUGCUCUCCCUUUGUGUUCUUCGAUUGCUGUUUCGUUUUGAAAUUGGUUUCGAUUGGUUCAUAGUUCUCUUUUGGUAUAUCCCCGCCCUUUGUUUUCUUACCUUUCUGCAACCUUUUUCAUUUUAGUCUUUGUUGACUGAAUUGACUGAUAUGUCAAAAAGGGUGGAAGGAAGAACGAUUAGGUUUGCCGUGAGAGCUCCGUUUUUGAUAACGAUAACAACAAUAGUAAUUAGCAAAGAGAAGAUACUACUCCACUCUGCCCCUAUCUCAUAUUCCCCACUGGGACUCUCUCGAUCGGUUUUUGCUGAUUCCUCACUGCUAACGGUUUUUUCCUUUUCUGCAAAAUUCGUUGGCUCCUUUCCCCACUCCUUGCAAUUCCGCCUCCUUGAACUGGUGUGUGGUGAGGAUGUUAGAGUCGAUGGAAAUGGUCGACCCAAGUAAGGUGAUCGAGGAAUUUGAAGCAAUGACAAAAGAUGCUGAAAGGAUACAGAGAGAGACCCUUAAGAAGAUCUUGGAGGACAAUGGGUCGGCUGAGUACUUGAGGGAUCAAGGUCUAGAUGGCAGAACCGACCCAGAGAGUUUUACUGCUUGUGUUCCGCUGGUGACUCAUAAGGAGUUGGAGUCUUACAUUCACAGAAUUGCUGAUGGGGACUCUGCUCCGGUUCUCACUGGAAGGCCUAUAACCACCAUAUCUUUGAGUUCUGGUACUUCUCAAGGGAAGCCCAAACUUUUACCUUUCAAUGAUGAAUUGAUGGAUACAACCCUGCAGAUAUACAAAACUUCUUUUGCCUUUAGGAGCAGAGAGUUCCCACUAGGCAAAGGGAUGGCCUUGCAGUUCAUUUACAGCAGCAAGCAGGGGAAAACAAAGGGAGGGUUGGUGUCAGGAACAGCUACAACAAACGUGUUUCGCAAUGCUUUAUAUAAGCAGGCAAUGAGGGCUCUUCAGUCCCAGUGUUGCAGCCCAGAUGAAGUCAUAUUUGGGACUGAUUUUCAGCAGUCGUUAUACUGCCACCUAUUGUGUGGCCUUAUCUUCAGGGAAGAAAUUCAGUUUGUGUGUUCUACUUUUGCCCACAGCAUUGUCCUUGCUUUCCGGACCUUUGAAGAAGUCUGGCAAGAGCUAUGCAGCGAUAUAAGGGAAGGGGUCCUUAGCAGCCGGGUCACUACCCCAUCAGUCAGAGCAGCGAUGCUGAAGUUACUUAAGCCCGACCCUGAAUCGGCUGAUCUCAUCUAUGAGAAAUGCGUUGGAUUGAGCAAUUGGUAUGGGCUGAUACCACAGCUUUUCCCUAAUGUGAAGUACGUUUAUGGGAUCAUGACGGGGUCGAUGGAGCCUUAUCUGAAGAAAAUGAGGCACUAUGCAGGGGACAUCCCUUUGUUAAGUGCUGAUUAUGGUUCUUCGGAAGGAUGGAUAGGAGCAAAUGUCAACCCGAAAUUACCCCCUGAGCUUGCUACUUUUGCUGUGCUCCCCAACAUUGGAUAUUUUGAGUUCAUCCCUCUUACAGAAAAUCCCAACCACAUCUAUAUGGACGCGAAACCUUUGAGUCUGACUCAAGUGAAGGAAGGUGAAGAGUACGAAGUUGUCCUCACUAGUGUGGCAGGUUUGUACAGGUACAGGCUCGGAGAUGUGGUGAAGGUGGUGGGGUUCCACAACUCGACCCCGGAACUGAAGUUUGUGUGCAGGAGGAAUCUAUUGCUUUCCAUAAACAUCGACAAGAACACCGAGAAAGAUCUGCAGGUGGCCGUAGAGGAAGCAGCCAAGCUGCUGGCUGAAGAGAAGCUGGAAGUCGUGGACUUCAGCAGCCUGGUGGAGAAAGAUUCAUCUUCAGAGCCGGGGCAUUACGUCAUCUUCUGGGAGAUCAAUGGGGAACCGAGCGAGGAAGUGUUGGCAGAGUGUUGUAGUCAGCUGGACAAGUCGUUCGUCGAUCUGGGCUACGUUAGUUCGCGGAAGGUGAAAGCCAUCGGACCGUUGGAACUCCGGAUAGUGAGGAGGGGAACCUUCCAGAAGAUUCUGGAUCAUUACCUGGAAUUGGGAGGCGCUGUGAGCCAGUUCAAGACCCCAAGGUGCGUCGGGCCGGUGAACAAGGUUGUGUUGGAAAUCUUGUGCAGCAAUGUUGCUCAGACUUACUUCAGUACUGCUUAUGAUUGACAGCAGGAUGGAAACGGUUGCUUGGGAAAUAAUUGUAAUAUGGUGAUCCUUUUAUAUACUGUACUACAGGUUUUAUGUGGGCUUCUUCAGCAUCACAGCUAUUCUAAAGAAACACAAAGGCCUUGAGUUGGUAGAAAUGAGGGUACAAAAAAGUAGAAACUAUUAUACAGGCAAUCAUUUCACUUUAAAUGGUCAAAAUAUGAAAUC